UCCCAAAACCUCCCUAGCUUGCUUUUCGUUACACUCUUAUCCUCCGUCUCUGGAUUAAUUGUAGUCCUCAUCUUCAAUCCCUUGUCCUUCAAUUUUCCAUCACUACAAUGCCCGCCGAUCCCUCCACCGACCUCCUCCUUAUAACCUGCGCAUCCGGCAAACAAGCCUCCGCCCUCCUCCCCCUCCUCCCCCACUGGAAAAAUAUGCGUCUCGUUGUACACUCUCCAACUUCAAAAACGCGUCUCCAAUCCCAAUAUCCUCACGCCGAAGUCCUCAACACAGAUCUCUAUUCACCCACCGCCACUUCCAGCCUCAUAAGAAAUGCUAAUGUCGUCCUCCACAUUGGCCCGUCCUACCACCCACACGAGACCGAAAUCGGAUACAUGAUGAUCGACGCCGCAGUCACGGCAUACGAUUCCGGAAAAGGCCAUCUCAAACAUUUUAUCUUAAGCAGUGUGCUAAAUACGCAGUUAAGGAAGAUGAUGAACCAUGAUUGUAAACGGUAUGUUGAGGAAUAUGUUAUAGAGUCUGGUUUGCCAUAUACAAUCCUCCAACCAACCACCUUUAUGGACAACCUCCCAAUUCCGGUGUUCAUGAAGGAAGAGAGGCCGGUAUUUAGGUGUGGAUGGGACACGGAUAUCCAAUUCUCCUGGAUCGCGUUGAAGGAUCUGGCAGAGGGAAUGAACAAGGUGCUUGAAGAACGCGAAAAGCAUUUCUCCGCGCAGUAUCCGCUUGUUUCGACACAUGAUACGGUGUCUUUUGCGCAAGCUAUCUCAAUCAUUGGAGAUAAACUAGGGAAGAAGAUUGAGGUUGAGACUGCGCUGUUUAAGGAGGCGGUUGAUAACCUCUGUUUGCGGGUAUACGGGACUACGGAAGGAGUUGAUCAGAGGAGCAGGGACGCUGCACAGAGAAUGAUCUUGUUUUACGACAAUCGCGGGUUGGUUGGGAAUCCGAAUGUUUUGGAGUGGCUGUUAGGUAGAGAGGCGACGCAGUUUGGGGAAUGGGUUGAGGGGAAUAUGGGGGAGGUAAAGUGAGGAUACGGCUAUAGAGACGAUAGAAAGUAGGUAGUAAGCCC